GGGCUUCCGCCGGGACCAGACCGAGGAGGCGGGGGAGGGACGCAGCGGGCGCUCCCCCCUAGGGUUCCGUUCGCCGGUCGCCGCCGCGUCAGGCGAGAACAAUGGUCGAAGGGAGUGCUCUGCCGUUAAUUGGAGGUACGGGAGCUGGGGACUGGCAACCAAGCAAGGACUUGAGUUCAUAUGACCCUUUGCCUGCAAGUCUUUCAGGAGAAGAGCUGGCAUUCGACGUGAAUGAUGGUGCUAUUCAUGGGAGCUGGAGGGAUGCUGCCCCGAAUCGCAGUGGAAGUGCACCUCCUAGCAUGCAGGGGUCUCUGGCUGAACUUGGUCACCUCAUAAGCAGGCACAGUGGGGACCUUGAGGCCACAUUGAGGAACUUGAGCUCUGGAGCUGUCAGUUCAGAGUCUGAGGAGCUAUGCUCUGAUCCGGCAUACUUAAAGUAUUAUGGUGCCAAGGUGAAUUUGAACCCAAGGCUUCCUGCACCGCACGUUUCAAGAGAGAACCAAAGGUUGAUGAACCGUUUUAGCAAACCUGGAGAACGGAGGCCAUUAUAUUUUGAUGACAGCAGCAGUGACAGGUCCUUGACUCAUCGUUCUACUCUAUCAACGCACAAGGAAGAGCCUGAGGAUGACGGUUCAUCAAAGUUAGAUUCAAGCUCGGCAGAGGAUGCUCGAUGUCGUAAUGACCAAAGCACAUCCAGCAUAGAAUGUCACAGCUCAAAACUUGUAGGCUUAAUGCAGGAAAACUUCCCUCGAAGCACUGAUUUGUACAAUAAUUCUUCUGGUCCUUCAAAUACGAAUUCUGGUGAUGGAGAAUCUGUCUGUUGCAUCAGCUCGUCAGACUUGAAUGGAUUUCCAUCAGAUAUGCCUCAACGGCCACGUGGACCUAUUGGGAGUCCAGUGAGAAAUACACUUAGUAGCAACAGUGUCGCAGCUUCAUCUCCUUUGACUUCAUCCAGUUCUGUGAAUAGUAUCAUGGGACCUUCUCAGCAGGGAAGUUCAAGCACAGAGAUUAAGUCUGGUGGUGCAAUGCGUGCCAUACUUAAUGGUGUGGACUCCAGUAUGAAAAAUCUGAAGAUUAGUUUGGAUACCCAGGAUAGUGCACAUGUUAAGCAACAGCGGCAGAACAAUGUGUUUUUGCAGAAUGGCCCAUUGCAUGGUGAUCCUACUCAAAUGAUUCCCCAAGGCAUCAAUCUACCUCAAGUUCCGUUUGUGAAUAACUUUUCUCAUGCUCAUAUGAAUCUAUAUUCUGGUGACAUUCAGUUGAUGUCCCAGCAUGGAAUGCCAACGCCUUUUUAUACACAGAGUCCGUAUUAUCAGAAUCCACAGUUACCUGGUGUCUUGAUGCCUCCAUAUGGAAUUGAUGGGCAUGGAUUGCCUAAUUCAUUCUUGCCACCUUUUAUGACUAACUUUGCUCCUCAGCUUCCUGUCAUGACACCUUCUGAUACUCCUCUUACACCGACCUUUAGUGGCAGAGUAGCCGGUUUUCCUUCAACAGGAAAUAUUGCUGCAGGGACUGAAUUUUCGAACCCAUUUAAGAUUGACGAGCAACUUAGGGUAACUAUGCCGCCAUCUGUACCUGAUCUUAGUCUCAUUCAUUAUUUCCAGCAACCAUCUAUCUAUCACUAUGGUCUGGGAAAUCCAUAUGAUACAGUGAGUCCAAGUAGUAAUUUUGUUGGUAACUUUACUGCUGCUUUCGGUCCAGAAAAAGUUAUGCCAGGAAUCAUGCACCAGUCAGGACAGAAAUUUCAGUUUCCAAAUACUGGAGCUUGUAGCUCCCCUACAGCCAGAAAACAAGGAAGUUAUGUUGGAAAUCAUCCGGGCACCUCACCUUACAUCAGUAUACCAAUGCCAUAUCCUACAACUCCAGUGUUUCAUGGCCAACCUUCAUCAGGAACAUAUCCCUGUGACAGGAGAAAUAAUGCACCGGGAUUCCAGUCCCCAUCAAAAACUACAGGCCUUAGUCCUGGGAUUCAAGAGCAGCGAGCGAGGGAGAAAUCUGGUCCCAACACACACUUUUUUGUUGGUGAAGUAAGGUCCAACAAAGCUCACAUGGUUGAGUUAUCUGACAUCAAAGGCCAUAUAGCGGAAUACAGCUCUGACCAAGAUGGCAGUCGAUUCAUUCAGCAGAAGCUGGAGAAUGGUACCACUGAAGACAAGGCCUUGGUGUUUGAUGAAAUCCUUCCUCAUGCUUCAUCGUUGAUGACUGAUGUAUUUGGAAACUAUGUGAUCCAAAAGAUGUUUGAACAUGGGGACUCUGAGCAGAGAAGAGACCUUGCAAAAAAGCUUGCUGGCCAUGUGUUAAAUUUGAGCCUUCAGAUAUAUGGUUGCCGAGUAUUUCAGAAGGCCCUUGAAGCAAUUGAGCUUGAUCAAAAGAUAGAACUUGUUUGUGAACUUGAUGGACAUGUUCUAGAAUGCGUUCGCGACCAAAAUGGGAAUCAUGUUAUACAGAAGUGCAUUGAGUGUGUCCCUGUGGAGCAUAUUGGCUUUGUGGUGUCGGCUUUUCAGGGACAGGUUGCCACCCUAGCAAUGCAUCCAUAUGGUUGUCGUGUUAUUCAGAGAAUCCUCGAGCAUUGCAGUAAUGGUUCAGAUGGUAUAAUAGAUGAAAUCUUGCAGUCUGCUUGCACCCUGGCACAAGAUCAGUAUGGAAAUUAUGUCACACAGCAUGUUUUGGAGAAAGGAAAAUCCAAUGAAAGGAGCCAAAUUAUAAGUAAAUUAGCUGGGCAGGUUGUGGCCAUGAGCCGAAACAAAUUUGCAUCCAAUGUCAUAGAGAAGUGCUUCCAGCAUGGGAAUAUUGCAGAUCGGGAUCUUUUGAUCAAGGAUAUUCUUGAGCAAACCGAGGGAAAUAAUUAUUUGCUGGUGAUGAUGAAGGACCAGUUUGCUAAUUAUGUGGUUCAGAAGAUACUUGUAACAUGCAGUGGACAACAGAGGGACGCUCUUGUCAGUCGUAUGAAGGGUCACUUGCAAGCGUUGAGGAAGUACACCUACGGCAAACAUACCGCCAGCCGAAUCGAGCGGUUCUCUGGUGACGGUGCUGCGCCGCGGGGCUCCCAGGCAAAACCCUGAACAGAAGACUACCUGGAUCCCUCACGGAAAGAGUGCCGGCCACCCCGGGUCGACCCUGUCAGUGGAGAAUGCCGGAAAAAAAAAGGGAACCGUGCUUUUCAGCGGUCUGAACAGAACUGACUCCAGAUCGUACAGAUAGUCUUUGUCACCCGUGUCUGGGUGUAGUUAUGCUAGGAUGAUUGGAUCAUGUGGCUGCUCAUAGAGUUUUCAGAAUGGUGGUGUGGUAGACCUGCUUGGUGAUGAGAUUUGCCGAUCCUGUGCUUACCAGGGUUUGCUCUGUUUUUCGUU